CGCACAUUACGUGAACGUAGCACAGACUCCGGUUAUCGGGACCGCGUCAGCUGUUUCUAUUUUCUCCAUCUCUCCCUCCGACCCGGAAGUGCUCGCGCACACACAUAUGCUCACGCACCCGCACGCAGAGCGGACGCGUUCCUCCGUCCAUCACACACCGGACUCCGCCUCGACCACCGACACCGACACCGAGCUCUGCGGGCCGGACCGAGCAGGACCGCGCCAUGUCCCUGCAGCUGCCCCCGUGCGUGAUAGACUGCGGGACCGGAUACACAAAGAUCGGCUAUGCGGGAAACACCGAGCCACAGUUCAUCAUGCCGUCCUGUAUCGCAAUCAAGGAGUCGGCCAGCGUGGGAGAGCAGGCCCAGAGGAGGCUCGUACGAGGAGUCGAUGACCUGGACUUCUACAUCGGCGAUGAAGCCGUAGACAAACCCAACUAUGCAACCAAGUGGCCAAUCCGACACGGGAUGGUGGAGGACUGGGACCUGAUGGAGAAGUUUAUGGAGCAGGUCAUCUUCAAGUACCUGCGAGCUGAACCUGAGGACCACAGCUUCCUCAUGACAGAGCCUCCUCUCAACACUCCAGAGAACAGGGAGUACUUGGCUGAGAUCAUGUUUGAGACUUUCAACAUACCUGGACUCUACAUCGCAGUACAGGCGGUGCUGGCGUUGGCGGCGUCCUGGACAUCCCGGCAGGUGGGACAGAGGACUCUGACCGGCAUCGUCAUUGACAGCGGAGACGGCGUCACACACGCCAUCCCUGUGGCUGAGGGCUACGUGAUUGGCAGCUGUAUAAAACACAUCCCCAUAGCAGGGCGGGACAUCACCUUCUUCAUCCAACAGCUUCUUAGAGACCGAGAGGUGGGGAUCCCACCGGAGCAGUCUCUGGAGACCGCCAAGGCCGUGAAGGAGCGAUACUGUUACAUCUGUCCGGACAUCGUGAAGGAGUUCACAAAGUAUGACUCUGACCCAGGAAAGUGGAUCAAACAGUACCGAGGAGUCAACGCCAUCAGUAAGACCGCCUUCCACAUUGACGUGGGCUACGAACGCUUCCUGGGCCCUGAGAUCUUCUUCCACCCCGAGUUUGCUAAUCCAGACUUCAUGCAGCCUAUCUCUGAUGUCGUUGAUGAGGUCAUCCAGAGCUGUCCAAUUGAUGUGCGCAGACCGCUCUACAAGAACAUCGUGCUCUCUGGAGGUUCCACCAUGUUCAGAGACUUUGGCCGGCGGCUGCAGAGGGACCUGAAGAGGGUGGUGGACGCUCGGCUGAAGCUGAGCGAAGAGCUGAGCGGAGGACGGAUAAAGCCGAAGCCGAUGGAGGUUCAGGUCGUCUCACAUCACAUGCAGCGUUACGCCGUCUGGUUCGGAGGCUCUAUGUUGGCGUCCACGCCGGAGUUUUUCCAGGUGUGUCACUCGAAGAAGGACUACGACGAGAUCGGGCCGAGCAUCUGUCGACACAACCCCGUGUUCGGCAUCAUGUCCUGAUGACAGCGGCGAGCCCAUCGGCCCGCUAACCUGUUAGCCUGCUAGCAACCAGCCACUCAGCCAUUAGCCUGAUAGUUUUUUGCCCUUCUCAGUUUUCACCUAUGAGGCUGCUAACCUGUUAGCGGGCUAGCUCAGCAUCAUCAAGCACAUGGAGAACGUGAAGCACAAAGGCAGUUAGAGAGCACGACAAAGUUUGCAGUGGUUUUGUUUUGAUAAAUUUACUCCACAGAGAAGAAUUUUACCGAGAACAAGAGGAGCUGCAGGAGACGUGGUGUAGCUAGCCAACCUUCUUCCAACACGUCGCAGUGCUAAUAGAGAUCCUCCGAAGCUGAGGUUGUUGUCCCGACAGCAGAUAGAGAGAAAUAUGACUCAUUUCGGCCUCUUAUCAAACACAAGCCGCCGCUCUGUGCUGAAGCUGGCGACGGUGGAUUUAACAGGACAAACCUCUGGAUGCAAUGUGACGUCACAAUCAAAGGGGACCUGUUCUGCUUUUUCUCGUUUUCUGGUACAAGAGUAAAGUCAUAGUCUCUGAUGUUGAGAUGAAACACCACCCAUGUGUCAGAUAACGAGCUCAUCACCACACUGGCUUCCUGAAAUGGCCCAAUAAGAGGAAGCUGGGAUUUUAGGGGUUGUUUUAGACAGAGCAUGACAAGGCUUUAGACAAGGCUCAUUUUGAUCUCUGAAUCGUGCAAAGCUACUCUAGAAGAAUCAAAGAAGAAAGAUACAGACCUGAGAGCAGUCUUUAGAAUCUGAAUUCAUAGGCUCAUAGAUGCAGUGUGACGUCUUCCUCCUCAGGACGUCGUGAUGUUCGUCAGAAUAAACCUCCAUCAUUUCAGUCAGGAUCAGAGAGAAACCCAGCUCUGUUUCUGUGUUUGCUCCAGUCUCAGAGUGAUGGAGCGAUGUUGGUCUGAACAUCACUCUCUGGGUCUACAGCCCCAAGAUCCCCCCAAAAACCACCAGACAGAAUACAAAGGGAGAGUAAAUCUAUUCAUGUUAACAUAUAAAGUGUAUUUUGUGACUUUAGAUAUAAGAGACGUGACUGUGGCUCAGCAUGAGCAUUUAUUUUUGAUGAAAUUGGAUUAGCGUGAGCCGGGAAGAGGCUCCAAAUGAUUCUGGGUCAUGGAUUUAGUUUUUAAUGUGGUCAGGCUCUAUAUUUGUAAAAAAAUAAAUAAAUAAAAAAUAAAUAACAAUAAUAUAAACUUUACAUAAAUAGAUAUUUAUAUCGACUGAGAGAGCAAGAAUCAGACCGAUCAAAGAUCAGGUCCAAACAACCUGCAGCAUGUGUUCAGGUGCAGUCAUGUGAUGGGGACGUCUUCCAGAAGUCAUUGUUAGGUGAGACACUCAGUUUGGAGAUUUGCUUCCACAACACGUUUUCUCUUACAGCGCAGGGAUGAAAGCAGAUAAUAUCCGCGUUAUGCAAAUGAGUGUUUCUUAAACAAGAUGAAGCCUCAUUUGCAUAUUUAAAAAUCAACCUCCAAACAGUUCAUGUCUAUAAUUAGUCAGUUUCACAAUAUUAUCUGUACAUACUGGUUUGCAAUAAACAUGUAUGAAGUUCUGCAGAUCA